AUUGCCCAUCCAAACUUCCUUCAGAUUCCUCAUAUCAAGCCCCAAUAUUACCCAUCAUUCAUCAUGGUCAAACGCAAGAGAGAGGAAACGGUCAAAGACCAACAAAUUCCGAAGCAGGUGUCCAAGGUCGCAAAAUCAACCACUAGUCAACAGACUCCUGCUGCCACCGCUACCGAUUCUCCGGCGAUCACUCUGCAGAUAGUCACCGGCUCCUACGAACGUGUGCUGCAUGGCUUCACUGCUGCUAUUUCACCUGAUGCCUUCGCAAGGCCUGAUAAUGCCACCACCACCGAGACCUCCGGCAGCGCUAAUCUGGUUCAGUUUGUGGACAACUUCCUUUUCGAGGCCCACACCUCUGCAAUUCGAUGCCUCGCAUUGUCCCCAUUGCCCAAGGCAGAUUCCAACGAAGCCCCCCAAGUAAUUCUGGCAAGCGGUGCUACCGAUGAGCGUGUCAAUCUCUACUCGUUAUCUGCAGCUCCAGUGGCUUUUAGCGAAGAGUAUCCUACUGUCCCGACUCUCGCGGGCAACAAGAUUCUUGAAAACCCCAAGAACCGCGAAUUGGGUUCAUUGAUGCAUCACUCCGCUCCCAUCUCCGCCCUCAGCUUUCCCUCGCGCUCAAAGAUCCUGGUUGCGGCCGAGGACAACACCAUCUCAGUUACCAAGACGCGCGACUUCAGCGUCGUUUCGACCAUCAAGGCCCCGCGCCCCAAAGUCCAGGGCCGCCCAAGUGGUGACACCGCGCCUCCCGGAGGCUCCCCAUCUGGAAUCAACGAUUUCGCCGUGCAUCCGAGUAUGAAGCUCAUGCUAAGCGUUGGCAAGGGGGAGAAAUGCAUGAGAUUGUGGAAUCUGGUUACUGGAAAGAAAGCUGGAGUCUUGAGCUUCAACCGGGAGAUUCUACAAAGUGUCAAGGAAGGAAAGUGGAGCACUGGUGAAGGAAGGAGGAUUGUGUGGAAUUCCGCGGGAGACGAAUUUGCUGUCGCUUUUGAAUGGGGCGCUGUUGUAUUUGGCAUUGACUCGACUCCCAUCUGCAGGGUGUUCCCCAGUCCCCGCAGUAAGCUUCACCAGAUGACAUAUGUCAGCUCUGAUCCCUCUUCAGAGGAUAGUGAUGAACUGCUUGCCGUAUCGACUGAAGACGGCAGAGUCAUUUUCUAUUCCACCAAAGAGGUUGAGAAUGCACCGGAGGGGGAUGAAUCUCCUAUUCCUUUUGCCAAGGUCGUUGCCCAGCUCGGUGGCAGAGCAAAUGGGUUCCCUGGCAGAGUCAAGGAUUUCGAGGUUCUUAGUUUGAAGGAUCAGCCAGGGCCCAACAAGAGCGACUACUUGGUCGUUACUGCUAAUAGCGAGGGUUUGAUCCGCGUGUGGCUGCUACGCGGCUCUGAGUUGGUAGGAAAGAAAAAGGGUGGCAAGAAGAACUCUAGCUCCAAGAGCGACAAGGCCCCUGAAGUCAACCAAGUCGGCCGGCUGUUGAACACCUAUGCUACGGGGAAUCGGGUCACUUGCUUGAAAGCAUUCGUGAUGCUGGCGGCUGACGAUUCGUCCGACCUUUUCGAUUCGGAUGACGAGGAACUCGAAGAUGAAGAUGAAGCCAGCGAGGAGGAGUCCGAUAGCGAAGCCAGCGACGCUGAGUAGCAGCGGGCCUAAUGUAUGUUGACCUAUAACGUUAUACCCAACCAUCGUUGUUAGACAAAAGCGGGGUGAAUUGUUCAAUUGCCGUUGGUAAAAUCAUGUUGUUAGUAUGUUCUCUGCG